AUGUCCAAUUCUGAUACAGAAUCGGUCCACGCCUCAGUUGACUCCCCUCAAAAGGAGGACAAACAAAAUAAUGCCCAAGACAAUCACUCAAUCGGAGAGUACCAAGGUUUCAAUGCUCAAGAUGUCCACAACUUAGCCAGAACACUCACUAAUAACGACUCGGCAUCUACGACCAGUUUAAAAAGAUAUUUGACUCACAUGUCACAAGUACCUGGAGUAAAUCCAAUUUUGGAAGAAGAGCAAGAUGAAAGGUUAAACCCCGACUCUGACAAUUUCGAUGCAAAGUUUUGGGUCAAAAAUCAAAAAAAAUUGUUCGAGAACCACCCUGACUAUUACAAACCAUCCAAAUUGGGCGUUGCUUAUCGAAAUUUGAGAGCGUAUGGUGUAGCAAACGAUACUGAUUAUCAACCAACAGUCACAAAUGCACUUUGGAAGCUUGCCACGGAAGCCUUAUCGCAUUUGAGAAAAGAGGAUGAAUCAAAGAUGUUUGAUAUAUUAAAGCACAUGGAUGCUAUUAUGAGACCCGGUGAGCUUACUGUUGUGUUGGGUAGACCAGGUGCCGGUUGUUCUACAUUGUUGAAGACGAUUGCUGUCAACACAUAUGGUUUUCAUCUUGGUAAGGAAUCAAAGAUCACCUAUGACGGAUUAACACAGAAGGACAUUUCUAAGCACUAUCGUGGAGAUAUAAUUUACUCAGCUGAAACUGAUGUUCAUUUUCCACACUUGUCGGUUGGAGAUACUUUACAGUUUGCAGCCAAAUUGAGAACUCCACAAAAUAGAGGUGAAAAUGUUGACAGGGAAAAGUAUGCCGAGCAUAUGGCUGAUGUGUACAUGGCCACCUAUGGUUUAUUGCAUACCAGGAAUACAAAUGUCGGUAAUGAUUUUGUCAGAGGUGUUUCAGGUGGUGAAAGAAAGAGAGUGUCAAUCGCAGAAGCAUCAUUGAAUGGAGCUAAUAUUCAAUGUUGGGAUAAUGCCACAAGAGGUUUGGAUUCCGCCACAGCUUUGGAGUUUAUCAGAGCUUUGAAAACAUCUGCAACUAUAUUAGAUACCACACCAUUGAUUGCCAUCUAUCAAUGUUCGCAAGAUGCAUACGAUUUGUUUGACAAGGUUGUUGUAUUGUAUGAAGGUUACCAAAUCUUCUUUGGCCGCGCAGACAAAGCCAAGGAAUUUUUCAUCAACAUGGGAUGGGAUUGUCCACAAAGACAAACCACUGCCGAUUUCUUGACUUCGUUGACAAACCCAGCAGAAAGACAGGCACGUCCAGGGUUUGAAGACAAAGUACCUCGUACUGCCGAAGAGUUUGAAGCAAGAUGGAAAAACUCACCAGAGUAUGCCGCAUUAGUGGCAGAGAUUGACGAUUAUUUUGCCAAAUGUGAGCAGCUGAACACAAGAGAACAAUACCACGAAUCUCAUGUUGCAAGACAAUCAAACCAUCUUCGUCCUUCGUCCCCAUACACGGUUUCGUUUUUUAUGCAAGUACGCUAUAUCAUGUAUAGAAAUUGGUUGCGUACAAAGGGUGACCCCUCCAUAACUUUGUUUUCCAUUUUUGGUCAGUUGGUAAUGGGUCUUAUAUUAUCGUCGGUAUUCUACAAUAUGAAACAGAACACCGGCUCAUUUUAUUUUCGAGGCGCAUCAUUGUUCUUUGCGGUGUUGUACAAUGCGUUUUCUUCGAUUUUGGAGAUUUUGUCACUUUUUGAUGCUAGACCUAUAGUUGAAAAGCACAAGAAAUACGCCCUUUAUCGCCCGGCUGCUGAUGCUCUAGCGAGUAUUAUCACUGAGUUACCCACCAAGCUUAUGAUGUCCAUGUCGUUUAAUUUUGUUUUCUACUUUAUGGUGAAUUUCAGAAGAAACCCAGGACGGUUUUUCUUUUAUUGGCUAAUGAAUUGGUGGUGUACUUUGGUGAUGUCACAUUUGUUCCGGUCGAUUGGUGCAGUAUCUACCACCAUUGCUGGUGCCAUGACCCCAGCCACUGUGUUGUUGUUAGCGAUGGUUAUCUUUACUGGUUUUGUUAUUCCAACUCCAUAUAUGUUGGGUUGGUCCAGGUGGAUCAACUAUAUUAAUCCUGUGGGAUAUGUUUUCGAAUCAUUAAUGGUUAACGAAUUCAACCAUCGUGAAUUUGCCUGUUCUGAGUAUGUGCCAGUGGGACCUGGAUAUGAGAAUGUUGCAAGUGAGAACAAAGUCUGCUCAGCUGUUGGAUCGAAGCCAGGAAGUGAUGUUGUCGACGGCACAGAUUAUCUCAGAUUGUCAUUUAGAUACUACAACGCCCACAAAUGGAGAAAUCUUGGUAUUACUAUUGGAUUUGCAGUGUUUUUCUUGUUUGUCUACAUUGCUCUUACAGAAUUCAACAAAGGAGCUAUGCAAAAAGGUGAAAUAGUUUUGUUUUUGAGAGGCUCUUUGAAGAAGCAAAAGAAGAAGAGAUUAGCUCAAGCUCAUGACUCUGAGUAUGGUGGUAUGCCCAACGAGAAGGUAUCUCAUGAAGCUGUUGGAGAGGCGACUAGGUUCGAGAAAGGAGGGAGUGACUCACUGGACAAGGAAGAUGGGUCCACGGGAUCUAUUGAGUUGCCAAGCAAUAGGGAGAUUUUCUUUUGGAAGGAUUUGACGUACCAGGUCAAAAUCAAGAGCGAGCACAGAGUCAUCUUGGAUCAUGUUGACGGAUGGGUUAAGCCUGGACAGAUUACGGCAUUGAUGGGAGCUUCUGGUGCCGGUAAGACAACCUUGUUGAACUGUUUGUCAGAAAGAGUUACCACUGGUGUAAUUACUGAUGGUACGAGAUUGGUUAAUGGACACUCCCUCGACUCGUCAUUCCAAAGGUCGAUUGGAUAUGUUCAACAACAGGACUUGCAUUUGCCGACAUCGACCGUUAGAGAAGCAUUACAGUUUUCUGCAUACUUGAGGCAAUCGAACAAGACUUCCAAGAAGGAAAAAGACGCGUAUGUUGAUUACGUUAUUGACUUAUUGGAAAUGACAGAUUAUGGUGAUGCUUUGGUUGGUGUUGCCGGAGAAGGAUUGAAUGUUGAACAAAGAAAGCGUUUGACUAUCGGAGUUGAGUUGGUUGCUAAACCCAAGUUGUUGUUAUUCCUUGAUGAGCCUACUUCUGGUUUAGAUUCGCAAACAGCAUGGUCGAUUUGUAAAUUGAUGAGAAAAUUGGCAGAUCAUGGACAAGCUAUUUUGUGUACUAUCCAUCAACCAUCUGCACUUUUGAUGCAAGAAUUUGAUCGUUUGUUGUUUUUGCAGAAAGGAGGACAAACUGUGUACUUUGGCGAUUUGGGAAAAGAUUUCAAAACUUUAAUCAACUACUUUGAAAAGAAUGGUGCUGAUCCUUGUCCGCCAGAGGCGAACCCAGCUGAAUGGAUGUUGCAAGUUGUCGGUGCUGCACCGGGUUCCCAUGCCAAACAUGACUACUUUGAAGUAUGGAGAAACUCACAGGAAUACCAAGAUGUGAGAAAAGAGAUUGCCAAUAUGGAAACUGAGUUGUCAAAGUUACCAAGAGAUGAAGAUCCAGAGGAUAAAUUCACUUAUGCCGCGCCUGUGUGGAAGCAGUAUCUUAUCGUCAGUUGGAGAACAAUAGUUCAGAAAUGGAGACUACCAGGAUACAUUUAUGCAAAGGUGUUUUUAGUUGUCUCGUCGGCUAUUUUUAAUGGGUUUUCAUUUUUUAAAGCAAAUAACACUUUGCAAGGGUUGCAAAAUCAAAUGUUUUCGGUUUUUAUGUUCUUCGUUGUGUUUGCUACAAUGGUUCAUCAGUUGCUCCCUCAAUAUAUUGCGCAGAGGGAUGUGUAUGAGGUACGGGAAGCUCCAUCGAGAACGUUUAAUUGGUUUACUUUCAUAACUGCUCAGCUUACUUCAGAGGUGCCAUUUCAGAUAUUUGUUGGGACUAUUGCCUUUUUCUGCUGGUAUUAUCCAGUUGGUUUAUAUCGCAAUGCUGAGCCAACUGAUGCAGUGGAUCAAAGAGGGGUCCUAAUGUGGCUCUUUAUCAUUUGCUUUUACGUAUACACAAGCUUUAUGGGAAUAUUAUGUAUCUCAUUUCUUGAACUAGAAGACAAUGCAGCAAAUCUCAGUGUUAUUUUGUUCACAAUGUGUUUAACAUUUUGCGGAGUCAUCAAACCUGGCGAGCAGCUUCCACGGUUUUGGAUCUUUAUGUACCGUGCAAACCCUAUCACAUAUUUGGUUCAAGGUAUGUUAGCUACAGGAUUGGCAAACACUGCAGUACAUUGUAGUGAUGUCGAGUUGUUAACAAUUGUACCCCCAAAAGGGAAAUCUUGUUCAGAGUAUAUGCAACCAUACAUGAGCAAAGCUGGUGGUUAUCUUUUGGAAACAAAUGGAUGUCAGUUUUGCAAACUUAGCAGUACCAAUCAGUACUUGCAAUCAAUCAAUGCUAUAUAUAGUCAAAGAUGGAGGAAUUUGGGGCUUGUCAUUGCGUUUGUUUUUAUCAAUGUGUUCUUGUCGGCAUUUUUGUAUUGGUUGGCCAGAGUGCCUAAAGGAAACAGGGAGAAGUCACAUAAAAAGAAGAAUGGAGAGUAA